UCUGUCGACUGCUGCAGGCAGCAUGAGCCGGUUAUCAGAAGACUAUGACCCCUACGCUGUUGAAGAGCCCAGCGACGAGGAGCCUGCUCUAAGUAGCUCUGAAGAUGAAGUGGAUGUGCUUUUACAUGGAACCCCUGACCAAAAACGAAAACUCAUCAGAGAAUGUCUCACUGGAGAAAGUGAAUCAUCGAGUGAAGAUGAAUUUGAAAAAGAAAUGGAAGCAGAAUUAAAUUCCACCAUAAAGACAAUGGAGGACAAGUUAUCCUCUCUGGAAACAGGAUCUUCCUCAGGAAAUGGGAAAACUGGAGCAGCUCUGACAAAAUACUAUGAUGAUAUCUAUUUUGAUUCUGAUUCUGAGGAUGAAGACAAAGCAGCACAGGUGACCAAGAAAAAAAAGAAGCGACACCGGAUUCCAACAAAUGAUGAAUUACUUUACGAUCCUGAAAAGGAUAACAAGGAUCAGGCUUGGGUUGAUGCACAGAGAAGGGGCUAUCAUGGAUUUGGACUACAACGGCCACAUCAGCAGCAGCCUGUACCUAAUAGUGAUGCUGUUUUGAAUUGCCCAGCCUGCAUGACCACAUUGUGCCUUGACUGCCAAAGGCAUGAAUCAUAUAAAACUCAAUAUAGAGCAAUGUUUGUGAUGAAUUGUUCUGUCAAUAAAGAAGAGAUUCUAAGGUACAAAAUCCCAGACAACAAGAAAAAAAGAUGGGGCCAUAAGAAGAUGCGAUCUACUCACGGAGAUGCUGCAAAACAGGCAGAGACAGAAGGAGAAGAAAUUUACCACCCAGUCAUGUGCACUGAAUGUUCCACAGAAGUGGCAGUCUAUGACAAGGAUGAAGUCUUUCAUUUUUUCAAUGUUUUAGCAAGUCAUUCCUAA